GCUUGCGCAGCACUGCGUCUGUACUCUGUCUGAUAGCGAACCACCAGUAUGGAUCCGAGCACUCUUGUUGCGGCCGGACCGAGCAAUAUCCCUCCGCCUGUGAUCAAGGCUGAACCGUCAACACAGAAGCUGCCUGAACAGAAAAGAAAGCGGAGCAAGCGCAAGCGCAAUGCCAGCGAGGCGGCUACGAGUGUUGCUGGCGACCCUCCUGCUGCAGCGACCAACGCUGUAGUCGGGGCGCAGGGCGAGGCUGAAGGAGAAGGAGGACUUGUCGAGUGCGAGGCUGAGAAUGAGGAGGUAUGGAGCACACCAUGGAUAGACGGCUUAGGCACGACGAGCUAUGAGAGUAAAGAGCAGAGGCUGCACGACGAGAUCGUCGCCUUCUUCCAAUAUAUUUCCCCAACCCCGGAAGAGGCACACGCACGCGCGAUGGUCAUCGCCAAGGUCUCCAGCCUCGUCACAAGACGCUUCCCCCAGGGCGCCGUUGACACGUUCGGGAGCGUCGCGCAGAACCUGUACCUCCCUGACGGAGACACGGACAUGGUCGUCACGAUGCCGCCGCAGUACGACGACCCCGAGACGAAGAAACGCACCCUGUUCCAGCUCGCCGCCCUGAUGCGCAACAACCGCGUCACGCCGCACGUCCAGGUCAUCCACCGCGCGCGCGUCCCUGUGAUCUCCUUCCAGACCGUGCCCGACCUCGGCUCGCUCAAGAUCGACGUUAGCCUGAACGCGACGGACGGCCUCAAGGCCGUGCCCAUCCUCCGCUCCUACUUCGACCGCAUGCCCGCCCUCCGCCACCUCGUCCUCUGCCUCAAGGCGCUCCUCUCGCGGCACGGCCUCAACUCGGCCUCGUUCGGCGGGCUCAGCAGCUACGCGCUCAUCUGUCUCGCGAUCAGCUUCCUCCAGCUGAACCCCAUGGGGCGGCCCAAGGAGCUCAUUGACGCCCCGGUGGAGAACGAGAGCCUCGGCGUGCUCCUCAUGGACUUCCUGGAGUAUUACGGGCACAAGUACAAGUACGAGACCGGUGUCGUGUCGCCGACUCAGGGCAGGGUGCUCACGAAGGAGGAGAAGGGGUGGACGAACCCGAACCACCCCCACGCGCUCUGCAUCGAGUGCCUGCUGCACCCGGACAACGACGUCGGCCGGCCGACCAGCAAGGUCGGGCGGAUCCGCACGCUCUUCCAGGAGUCGCACGCCGCGCUGCAGGCGUACGUCUUCAGCGACGCGCCCGCUGCAUACAACGUGCUCGGCAUCGUGCUCGGCGUAUCCGAAGCCACCCUCGGGCACCGCGGCCUGCUCAAGGACAUCGUCGCCUCGGGCCGGCUCGACCGCGCGCUCAACGAAGUCGAGCUAACCGCGUCGCAGCCCCCGCCUUACCGCCGUCCUCCCGGGCAAGGACAAUACCAGCCGUACCCGCGACACAACGCGCGGCCAUACGGCGGCGGGGGCGACCGUGACUGGUCGCGAUACAAUCACCUUCCUCCACGCCCGCCGCCCCAAGUGUCUGGGCCUGCGCCGCUGCCGCCGCAUCAUAGCUUGCCGCCGCGUCCGGAUUCGGGGCACGGGCAGAAGAGCCGGUACGUUGCGCAGGGGCCGAGUUUCGGGGCGAUGAGGGCUGCCGCGACUCCGUCCACGAAUGGAAACGGCAACGAUAAGGAGAGUAGGAACGGUACCGGGAACGGAAGUGGAGGUGGAAACGGCAAGGGGCAGGACGCAAACCCGAAGCCAAACUCGGGCUCGAAGCCAAAUAUCCAGACGGACACCAAAUCUAAUACGUCGCCUGGAUCGCGGUCUCCUCCACGACGGCGGAGGAAGGCUCACUGAUUGGGUUCUGUACUCGCGCUGCUGAGAUUCAGGUGUGUGCCUAUACUGUGUACUAUACUGUUCCCCCGCUCGUCUUGUAUUAUGUUGUACCGCAUGGUACUGUCACUCUGGGACACUUACGAGGCUAUGCGAUAGUUUGGCGUCGAUUGGCUAUCUUGUAUCUAGCAGGCCUGGAAUCUCAUGCCAUCUAAUACCG